AGGAGUCUUGUUGUUAGGCUGGCACGUUCAGAUUCAUACAUAAAUCUGUUGAGACAAGUUGAAAAAAAUGCGCUCUCACAAAGAAGCAAAAUCUUCAUAUCAUUCACAAAGAAGACAUUCUAGAUCUAGGUCUAGAUCUAGGCGUUCCAGGUCCAGAUCUAGAUGUGCCAGGGACAGGUGCCAUUCCAAAAGGCCUAGGACCCCUAGUCCCCAUCUGUCUAGGGAUAAUAGGCCUAGUGGUAGUGGUACUAGUUCUUCGGCCAUCAAGAUAGCACGGACAUCAACACCUGCAAGAGAGGAAGUGCCUCUUUUACCUGACAUAGAAAGUCCUCUACUUAAUCAGCUCAGUGAACCUGAAUUUCCAGAGCUGUUUGGUACACACCUCACAAAUGAGAUGAUCUGGCAGAUGGAGGAAUGGCGUCUUGAGGCUGAAGAGCAUUUUGACUUCAGUCUCCUGCUGUCUAAAAAUAGCAAGGACAGCAGUAAGAAAGUGAGCCGCAAGAGUGGUAGGGACGAUGAUACAGAUUGGUACCCUGCUGCAAAACGGCCCGCCAUCCACGUCAACCCAAGUCAUCCCAACUUUCGGAGUGGAGGAUGAGACAUGAUGGUAGAAAAAUGAAUAACUUUAAGAAAGCAACUGCAGUACUUCAUCAGCUGACUGUCUUAUAGUCGGGAAUCAUACACCGCAUGUUCAGACAAUAUUAGUCACAUUUGGAGUGAUAUGCUAAAGCAUAAGUCAUCCUUUUAGAUUAAAU